AUGUCUGCAGAAGGUACAGAGGACUGGAAUCAGGCCAUGCUGGGUGUCCAGGAGUUGCCUUUGUCCCAUGAUGGUAUCCACAGCGUCACCGCUCUCUGCACUCUACGCGUGACCAUCAUUACAGAUGACAUGCUGACCAACAGCAUCACCGUCCGCCUGGAGAACAUGUCACAGGAGAAGUUCCUGUCCCCACUGCUAUCCCUCUUUGUAGAAGGGGUGGCCACGGUACUGUCCACCACCAAGGAUGACAUCUUCGUCUUCAACAUCCAGAACGACACGGACGUCAGCUCCAACAUCCUGAACGUGACCUUCUCGGCACUGCUCCCCGGGGGCGCCCGUGGCCGGUUCUUCCCAUCCGAGGACCUGCAGGAGCAGAUCUACCUGAACCGGACACUGCUGACCACCAUCUCUGCCCAGCGCGUGCUGCCCUUCGAUGACAACAUCUGCCUGAGGGAGCCAUGCGAGAACUACAUGAAGUGCGUGUCCGUGCUCAGGUUCGACAGUUCGGCACCCUUCAUUAGUUCCACCACGGUGCUGUUCCGGCCCAUCCAUCCUAUCACGGGCCUGCGCUGCCGCUGCCCACCAGGCUUCACCGGAGACUACUGUGAGACUGAAAUUGACCUUUGCUACUCCAACCCGUGUGGGGCCAAUGGCCGGUGCCGGAGUCGUGAGGGUGGCUACACUUGCGAGUGCUUUGAGGACUUCACAGGGGAGCAUUGCCAGGUGAACGUUCGCUCAGGCCGCUGUGCCAGCGGGGUGUGCAAAAACGGGGGCACCUGCGUGAACCUGCUCAUCGGAGGCUUCCACUGUGUGUGCCCGCCCGGCGAGUAUGAGCACCCGUACUGUGAAGUGAGCACCAGGAGCUUCCCACCCCAGUCCUUCGUUACCUUCCGGGGCCUGCGGCAGCGCUUCCAUUUUACCGUCUCCCUUGCGUUUGCCACCCAGGACAGGAACGCCCUGCUGCUCUACAACGGCCGCUUCAACGAGAAGCAUGACUUCAUCGCCCUGGAGAUUGUGGAGGAGCAGCUGCAGCUCACGUUCUCAGCAGGUGAGACCACAACGACGGUGACACCGCAGGUUCCUGGAGGUGUGAGUGACGGGCGGUGGCAUUCGGUGCUGGUGCAGUACUACAACAAGCCCAACAUUGGCCACCUGGGCCUGCCCCAUGGGCCAUCUGGAGAGAAGGUGGCUGUGGUGACCGUGGAUGACUGUGACGCAGCCGUGGCCGUGCACUUUGGAAGUUACGUUGGGAACUAUAGCUGUGCUGCCCAGGGCACUCAGAGCGGCUCCAAGAAGUCACUGGAUCUGACUGGUCCUCUGCUUCUGGGUGGUGUCCCCAACCUGCCGGAAGAUUUCCCCGUGCAUAGCCGGCAGUUUGUGGGAUGCAUGCGAAACCUGUCCAUCGAUGGCCGGAUCGUGGAUAUGGCUGCGUUUAUUGCCAACAAUGGCACCAGGGCAGGCUGUGCUUCUCAGAGGAACUUCUGCGAUGGGACCUUGUGCCAGAACGGGGGCACCUGUGUGAACAGGUGGAACACGUACUUAUGUGAGUGCCCCCUCCGCUUUGGUGGAAAGAACUGUGAACAAGUUAUGCCACACCCGCAGCGCUUCACUGGUGAGAGCAUCGUGUCAUGGAGUGACCUCGACAUCACCAUCUCUGUGCCUUGGUACCUGGGGCUCAUGUUCCGGACGCGGAAGGAGGAUGGCGUGCUGAUGGAAGCCACAGCUGGCACAUCUUCCAAGCUCCAUCUCCAGAUUCUCAACAGCUACAUCCGAUUCGAGGUCUCCCACGGCCCCUCUGACGUGGCAUCCAUGCAGCUGUCCAAGACCCGCGUGACUGAUGGGGGAUGGCAUCACCUGCUCAUAGAGCUGAGGAGUGCCAAGGAGGGCAAGGACAUCAAAUACCUGGCAAUCAUGACCUUGGACUAUGGGAUGGACCAGAGCACAGUGCAGAUUGGGAACCAGCUUCCUGGGUUGAAGAUGCGGACUAUUGUCAUCGGAGGUGUGUCUGAGGACAAGGUGUCUGUCCGCCAUGGUUUCCGAGGUUGUAUGCAGGGCGUGAGGGUGGGAGAGACAUCCACCAACAUUGCCACCCUGAACAUGAAUGACGCCCUCAAGGUCAGAGUGAAGGACGGCUGUGACGUGGAGGACCCAUGUGCCUCAAGCCCCUGCCCUCCGCAUAGCCACUGCCGUGACACAUGGGACAGCUACUCCUGCAUCUGUGACAGAGGGUACUUUGGAAAAAAGUGUGUGGACGCAUGCCUCCUGAACCCCUGCAAGCAUGUGGCAGCCUGUGUGCGCUCCCCAAACACCCCUCGAGGCUACUCCUGCCAGUGUGGGCCCGGCCACUAUGGACAGUAUUGUGAGAACAAAGUCGACCUUCCUUGCCCCAAAGGCUGGUGGGGGAACCCGGUGUGUGGCCCCUGUCACUGUGCUGUCAGUCAAGGCUUUGAUCCCGACUGCAACAAGACCAAUGGCCAAUGCCAGUGCAAGGAGAAUUACUACAAGCCCCCAGCCCAGGAUGCUUGCCUUCCCUGUGACUGUUUCCCCCACGGCUCCCACAGCCGUGCCUGCGACAUGGACACUGGGCAGUGUGCCUGCAAGCCUGGUGUCAUCGGCCGUCAGUGCAACCGCUGCGAUAAUCCUUUUGCUGAGGUCACCUCACUUGGCUGUGAAGUGAUCUACAAUGGGUGUCCCAGAGCAUUUGAGGCUGGCAUCUGGUGGCCACAGACGAAAUUUGGGCAGCCAGCAGCAGUGCCAUGUCCCAAAGGAUCAGUGGGUAACGCAGUUCGUCACUGCAGCGGGGAGAAGGGCUGGCUUCCCCCAGAGCUCUUCAACUGCACCUCGGGCUUCUUUGUGGAUCUCAAGGCCAUGAAUGAGAAGCUGAGCCGCAAUGAGACAAGGAUGGAUGGAAACAGGUCCCUGCGGCUUGCAAAGGCACUGAGGAAUGCCACACAGAGGAACAGCACGCUCUUUGGCAAUGACGUGCGCACAGCCUACCAACUGCUGGCCCGCAUCUUACAGCAUGAGAGCCAGCAGCAGGGCUUUGACUUGGCAGCCACUCGUGAGGCUAAUUUCCACGAGGAUGUCGUCCACACGGGCAGCUCCCUCCUGGCCCCAGCCACAGAGGCAGCCUGGGAACAGAUCCAGCGAAGCGAGGCUGGUGCUGCCCAGCUGCUGAGGCAUUUUGAGGCGUACUUCAGCAACAUGGCACGGAAUGUGAAGAGGACCUACCUGAGGCCCUUCAUCAUCGUCACCGACAACAUGAUUCUUGCAGUUGACAUCUUCGACAAGCUUAACUUCACCGGUGCCCAGGUGCCAAGGUUCCAGGACGUUCAGGAAGAGUUCCCAAGGGAGUUGGAGUCCUCCGUGUCCUUCCCAGCUGACACUUUCAAGCCACCAGAGAAAAAAGAAGGCCCCAUGGUGAGGCUGACCAGCCGGAGGACUGCCCCCCUCACAGCACAACCAGAGCCCAGGACUGAGAGGGAAACAUCAUUCAGCAGACAGAGGAGACACCCCGAUGAGCCCGGCCAGUUUGCUGUUGCUCUGGUUGUCAUUUACCGGACCCUGGGUCAGCUGCUGCCUGAACACUAUGACCCCGACCACCGCAGCCUCCGAUUGCCUAACCGGCCUGUCAUCAACACCCCGGUGGUGAAUGCUAUGGUCUACAGUGAGGGGACCCCAUUCCCCAGCUCUCUGCAAAGGCCUGUCCUGGUGGAGUUCUCUCUGUUGGAGACUGAGGAACGAAGCAAGCCUGUCUGUGUAUUCUGGAACCACUCCCUCGACAUCGGCGGGACUGGAGGAUGGUCAGCCAAGGGCUGUGAACUACUGUCGAGGAACCGGACCCACGUCACAUGUCAGUGUAGCCAUUCGGCCAGCUGUGCGGUGCUCAUGGACAUUUCCAGACGUGAGCAUGGGGAGGUUCUGCCUCUGAAGAUCAUCACCUAUGCCGCCCUGUCCUUGUCUCUGGUGGCCCUCCUGGUGUCCUUCAUCCUGCUCUCCCUCGUCCGGACACUGCGCUCCAACCUGCACAGCAUCCACAAGAACCUCAUUGCGGCUCUAUUCUUCUCCCAGCUCAUCUUCCUGGUCGGGAUCAACCAGACUGAGAACCCGUUUCUCUGCACAGUGGUCGCCAUCCUCCUGCACUAUGUCUCCAUGGGCACCUUCGCCUGGACCCUGGUGGAGAACUUGCACGUCUACCGCAUGCUGACCGAAGUGCGCAACAUCGACACGGGGCCCAUGCGUUUCUACCAUGUGGUGGGCUGGGGCAUCCCCGCCAUUGUCACAGGACUAGCUGUUGGCUUGGACCCUCAGGGCUAUGGAAACCCUGACUUCUGCUGGCUGUCCCUUCAGGAUACCCUAAUCUGGAGCUUUGCUGGGCCUGUCGGAACAGUUGUAAUUAUCAACACGGUCAUCUUUGUCCUGUCUGCAAAGGUUUCCUGCCAAAGAAAGCACCAUUAUUAUGAAAGAAAGGGGGUUGUCUCCAUGCUGAGGACUGCCUUCCUCCUGCUGCUGCUUGUCACCGCCACCUGGCUGCUGGGACUACUGGCGGUAAACAGUGACACUCUGAUCUUUCACUACCUCUUUGCGGCCUUCAGCUGCUUGCAGGGCAUCUUUGUCCUCCUGUUCCACUGUGUGACCCACAGAGAGGUGAGGAAGCACCUGAGGGCAGUGCUGGCCGGGAAGAAGCUGCACCUGGAUGACUCAGCUACCACAAGGGCCACUCUGCUAACGCGCUCCCUCAACUGCAACAACACCUACAGCGAAGGACCAGACAUGCUCCGCACCGGCCUGGGCGAGUCCACGGCCUCUCUGGACAGCACCACCAGGGAUGAAGGGGUCCAGAAACUCAGUGUGUCCUCUGGACCAGCACGUGGUAACCAUGGAGAACCAGAUUCGUCCUUCAUCCCUAGGAACUCCAAGAAAGCUCAUGGCCCUGACUCUGACUCUGAUAGUGAGCUGUCCCUGGAUGAGCACAGUAGUUCCUACGCUUCUUCACACACGUCAGACAGUGAGGACGAUGGAGGAGAAGCUGAAGACAAGUGGAAUCCAGCCGGUGGCCCUGCCCACAGCACCCCAAAAGAUGCUCUAGCCAACCAUGUCCCAGCUGGCUGGCCCGAUGAGAGUCUGGCUGGGAGUGACAGUGAGGAGUUGGACACAGAGCCCCACCUGAAGGUGGAGACCAAGGUCAGCGUGGAGUUACACCGGCAGGCGCAGGGCAAUCACUAUGGCGACCGGGCCUCUGACCUGGAAAGUGGGGUCCUGGCUAAGCCAGUGGCCGUGCUUAGCAGCCAGCCCCAGGAGCAGCGGAAAGGCAUCCUGAAAAACAAAGUCACCUACCCACCACCAUUACCAGAGCAGCCACUGAAGUGCCGGCUGCGAGAGAAGCUGGCUGACUGUGAGCAGAGCCCUACGUCCUCCCGCACAUCCUCCCUUGGCUCUGGUGAUGGUGUUCAUGCCACCGACUGUGUCAUUACCAUCAAGACUCCAAGGAGGGAGCCAGGCCGUGAGCAUCUCAACGGUGUGGCCAUGAAUGUACGCACAGGGAGUGCCCAGGCUGAUGGAUCUGACUCAGAAGGCAGUAAUGAAACUUCAAUUUGAACCAUCAGGAAACCACACGGCACAGUCAACCUCACAGACUGCCAGUCAAGCCCUCAGACCUUGAAGCCUGGGACUGCUGCCUAUGGGGCAAGCAGCCCC